ACUGAACGUCCUGUGCAAGUUUCAGGUCACAUGAUCAAGGUCAAAGGUCAUUUAGGGUCAAUGAACUUUGGCCAAAUUGGGGUAUUUGUUGAAUUACAGCCAUAAAUUUGAAAGUGUGUUGGUCUAGUUCAUAAAACUUGGACAUAAUAGUAAUCAAGUAUCACUGAACAUCCUGUGCGAGUUUCAGGUCACAUGAUCAAGGUCAAAGGUCAUGUAAGGUCAAAGAACUUUGGCCACGUUGGGGGUAUUUGUUGAAUUGCCAUCAUAUCUCUAUAAGUGUAUUGGUCUAGUUCAUAAAACGUGGAAAUAAGAGUAACCAAGUAUCACUGAACAUCUUGUGCGAGUUAUAGUAGUUUUCAAAAUCAGCACUGCUGCUAUAUUGAAUCGCGUGAUGCAGGUGAGACGGCCAGAGGCAUUCCACUUGUUCUUUUAUUUUCCCGGUGAAAUCCGCCAGGGGGCCGGGGCAACUUGCCCCCCUGCCCCCCCCCCCCCCCCCCGCCUGUUACGCCACUGGGUAGGACUUCGGACACAUCCACACAUAAACAUCUCCAACUAUAGUGAGUACACUAUAACUACCCCAACAUUCACCUUCAAUCUAAAAAACACAAGGUUUGAGGAUGUAUUAAUUCCCUGUAGGGGCAAUGCAUAUCCUCUCACCACCCAAAUUUUCUGAUCAACAACUGUCCCUUUUCCAGCCAAACGUUCUCUGCUCUUUAAUUAAUGAUUAACAUGGGCAGUGAAACCUGAUCUUAUAUCCUCGAUCAGCAUCCUAACAUAGCUUCAAACCACUAUACGGUUGUACCUCUCUAUAAAAAAACGCCCAUUAUCAACCACAAUACAAUCCAUGAAAUAAGCACAAUUUGAACACAAAACAAAACCAAAAAGCCUGUGUAUCCAUUGACAUCUUUUAUGAUUGAUAAUAUAUCCACGCAUAAAGGAUUUGGACAUGUUCAAAACCAUUACCCCUAUGACGUGCCCUCCAUGCCAUAAACCUUCAUUCAUUCACUCACUCGAGUGAGUGAAUGAUUUGUACGUAUCUUACCAUCACUCACUUAAUUGGUAGACGUCACUCAUGACCUCAUAUACCCCCACCCCAUGUGCGCCACAAAUUCUACAUCCUACACAUACUAUAAUAGCCCCCUUUCAGCUCACCAAACGCAACAUAUGUUAUUCAUAUCUGGUUCCAAAAUACACUGGAUUUGAACAGGGUUAAAGCAAACCUUUCAUAUCGAACUAGUAUCCCGGCUACACGUACAAUCAUAUAAAUAAGGGACGGUGGGUUUCUACUGAAUAGUUCGUCACCAAGAACACCACAGGGCCUGAAAGAUAUUGUCCGUAUAUAAUCGAUAUUCAAGUUGCACCGCACAGGUUGCGUUGCGGCCGUUCCCACGUUGGUAGCCGAACAAUCUUAUUCCAUACUACAGUAUUGGGAUGAUACGUCAUGCGUCAGGCAGUCUGAGCUCUUCAUCCAACUAUUCCAGAUAGGUUGUGAAUUGUGUCAAGAUGAUGGAGAGUGUGUCAUCUAAAUGGAUUUCUGUAUUCUUUGCUAUGUCAUUUAUCCAGAUUGGUUUUGGACAUAAGAUAUUAAUGAAUGCCAUCCUCGGUGAGGGAAGCCAUUUUUUAUGUGCAGCCUCUGUUGGAGAACGUCUUGUUGAGCAGGGUCAUAAUGUAACGUUUCUUAUCAGCAAUGCCUACGCCCACAGGGCCACUGAUCCCAAAUUCUCGCAACUAUUUGAAUUUGUAAUAUUUCGUCAUCCUAUCCCGGUGCAGAAAGUUCAUGAACAAUUCAAUGCUUUUAAUGAACGUGCUUUCAUGCCUGCUUCUGCCCAGAUGUGGACCCUAGCCGAGGUGAUGAGAGACGGUAGAGCUAAUGAUUGCGACGCCUUACUCUCUGAUCUUAAUAUCAUGGAUCAUUUUCAAAGUGCUAAUUACAGUGUAAUAAUCUCAGACAUCGGUUGGAUGUGCCCUCUAAUUAUUGCUAAUCGGUUUAAUAUACCUCAUAUAGCUUUGUCAGCUGUAUCUUCACCAUGUAUGGUAACCGCGUUAGUUGGAUCUGAUAAUUCCCCAGCCUACGUUCCACAAAUAUUUAGUGGUCUUUCUAAUAAACUGAACUUUAAGGAACGUGUCCAAAACUCGAUUGCACAAUUAUUCAUCAUACUUUUUGGAAUGUACUUUCGCCGACCAUACGAUGAAAUUAAAGUAAAACAUAACAUCAUAUCAGAUACUUCCAUCGAGCAGCUUUUUGCUCAGAGUGAAUUAUUUUUGGUAAAUAGUGAUUUUGCGGUGGAAUUUCCAUGCGCCAUACCUCCUAAUGUUAUUCCUGUAGGGGGUCUUACAACAAGACCAUCAAAUGCACUUCCGGAAGAACUUGAAAAUUUCAUGCAAAGCUCUGGAGAGAACGGUGUCAUCGUGUGCACCAUGGGCACCUAUUUCACUUCAGUUCCUAUUCAAGUCAUCAGAGAUUUCAUCAAUGCUUUCGCACGUCUUCCCCAAAAGGUAAUUUUCCAAUUACAAGGCACCCCGACUGGUAUUAACCUGCCUCCCAACGUGAAGACGUUGCCAUGGUUACCGCAAAAUGACCUCUUGGGUCAUGAAAAGACCCGUGCUUUUUUAUACCAAGGAGGAAAUAAUGGUUUUUAUGAAGCACUUUACCACGGUGUACCAAUUGUUGUUAUACCUAUCCAUGGUGAUCAGUACGACACAGGUGCUAAGGUUAGUGCUCAUCAAAUCGGCAUCACCAUCGAUAAACUCACACUAACAGAAAAUAAAAUACAUGAUGCACUUCAUGACGUCAUCACCAAUGAAACUUUUCAGAGGAACAUGGACAGAUUAUCGGGCAUGUUUGUUGAUCGACCAAUGCUUCCUUCUCAGAAGGCAGCCUUCUGGGUGGAUCAUAUCAUCAAACAUGGUGGAGCACAGUAUCAAGUACCUAUUGUUAACCUAAAUUUUAUUGAACGAAACCUUGUAGAUGUAUCAAUUUUCUUCAUUGCUUGCCUCGCUGUUUUAUCAGUUUUCCUGAUAUUAAUAGGAAGGACUUGCUAUAGAGUCAUACAUACGAUGUCAAAAGUAAAAGCGGACUAAAUUGUAAUAUAUAUGCUUAUAUUUUUUUAUUUCUCUGCAAACAUUCUUACAAAACAGUAAUUUUAUGUAUAUAAAAUUUUUUAUAACCAAAUCAAUACAACUUUAAGUGCCUUUGAAGUGUCAAAUCACUACCAGAGAACAUUAGGUGGGAAAUAACAGCUCCUUCGUUAUAUUCAGGAUUUCAAAACAGUAAUUUCCUACAGUGCGUAAUUUAUGUGAAUAUAAUUCAGGGAGUAGAAUAUUUUGCAUUUAAGUGCCUUUUCUAUAGCAUGAAAAUGCACUAUAGGUAUGGAAUGUCAGUCGAUAUUCAUUUAUAUCACUGUUUACCUCUAGACAUUCAAUGAAUAUAGUCUCAAAUGUGAUAUCUAUAGAUGUAGUAUAUUACAUCUUUCUAACAUUCUACUGAAGACUAAAAAUUAAACUUUAUCAAACAAAUAUAUUCAAGAUGAAGUUUCUCUUAUAGGUAGCUAGAAACCGGAACCAUGUUUUUAGAUGAACUAUUCUUGGGAUCCAUAGAUGGAUUCUGGGUUCUGCUACAAAAUAUCUCACAAUCUUUUCGAUGAAAUUACAAAUGUACAUAAAUCAACCGUUUUAGUAAUCAAGCCCAUGUAUAAACAUGCAUUUACCAUACAAAGUCCCCUCAUAAUCUCCAGGACGUAUUUGCAGAUGACUAAGUCUUAUAAAACAGUAUCAAAACGCUUACGUAAGUUACAUGUUUAAGUCUGAGUAAAAAUUGCUACAUUACUAUUUUGCAAAUUGUCCGCAUUGAACAAGCUUCAAUUAUAGAAAUAUCAAAACGGCAUUUAGGAAUAUCAACUAAAAUGGUAGUUCAGUUAAUGUCAAUACAUCUAAAAGAUGCCGAUUGGAGGUAAAUACAAUGGUGUGAGAUGUUUGCCAAAGAAUUUCCUCUUUUUCCCUCUUUGACAAUAAGUGCAGAUUGAAUUAUGCUGAUUAUAUUACUUCAAUUUCUAUAAAACUUUAUCUGUAGCUUGUGAAAGGCCCUUGCAUAACAAUAAUCAGCAUUUUCUAUUGAUAAAUUGACAAAUAUCAUUUAUUAUAAGCUGUAACAUUCCGUGAAAUUAAAAGAAAAUUUCAAAUACUUAACAAGGCUAGAAUAGAAUAGGCCUAUAUAUUUUACAGAUAGUUCAAAGCAAACGAAUUUAGAGAGAAAACUUCUUCACGUUUAUUUUACAGUGCUUAUAGUGUUUAAUCAUGUAAUUUUAAAUUCACAUGAGAAUAUAAUUUCAUAUAUUUGCUUUCAGAAGUGUACUUUUUAUAAGCAUUGUGUAGAAUAAGUAUUUGAGUUGCCCUAUUCAGGGACUGUCUGUCAUGGUUGGUUGACUGUGGACCAUUUUCCGGAUGAAAGUUAAAGGUCAAGUCCACCCCAGAAAAUUGUUAAUUUGAAUCGAUAGAGAAAAAUCAAACAAACAUAACGCUGCAAAUUUCAUCGAAAUCGGAUGUAAGAUAAGAAAGUUAUGACAUUUUUCAGUUUCGCUUAUUUUUCACAAAACAGUUAAAUGAACAACUCAGCGAUAUGCAAAUGAGAGAGUCGAUGAUGUCCAUCACUCACUAUUUCUUUUUUUUUUUUAUUGUUUGAAUAAUACAAUAUUUCAAUUUUUACAAAUUAGACAAAAAGGACCAACUUAACUUUACCAUAAACUGUUAAAAUAAUGACAAUUCCACAUGUUCAGGGAGAAAUAAAACUUUGUUUCACUUGUCAAGGAGGAGAAAAUUAGAAUAUUUAAUAUUUCAUAUAAUAAAAUACAAAAUAAAUAGUGAGUGGGUGACGUCAUCAGUCUGCCAAUUUGCAUACCGACCAGGAUGUGCAUAAUUAUAACUGUUUUGUGAAAUUAAGCGAAACUUAAAAAUGUCAUAUAACUUUCUUAUUUUGCAUCCGAUUUUGAUGAAAUUUUCAGUGUUUUGCUUGUUGGAUUUUUCUCCUUUUUUCAAAUCAACUUUUUGUUGGGGUGGACUUGUCCUUUAAAGAAUGUCAAAGAUUCGUUGAUAUCAUCAAUGUUAACAUGGAACAUUUCAUACUUGCGUUGGUGCGAAUUUGAUAGUCAAACUGAUCCUAUAUACCACACAACGCACAUAAACUAUUUUUGAAGAUAUAUUAUUAUGGCAGUGGCGGAUCCAGGAGGGGGCACAUUCGGUCUGUACGUGCCCCCCCCCCCCCUCCUCUUCGAGGGGCAUAACAAAUAUUUGUUAGGAAAAUAUGCGGUGCAUAUACGCAAGUGAGGACCCCCUUUUUUUUUUUUGCUUGUCAAAUAUUUCCUGGCAUAAAUCACCAUAAAUUGGGAGUGAAGACAUUUUUUUCAGGGGGAGGGGGGGGGGGGCUUGUAAAUUAUGUUCGAAAAUACCACCUCCCCCUUGAAAAAACCUAGAUCCGCCCCUGAUUUACGGUACCUUUAUUAUAAAUAUAUCCUAUAUCCGCAUCAUCCACCUGUUUUGAGCAAAAUAUAUGUAUACCGUAUGGGCACUAGUAUUCAACCUGGCAUAAUUCAAAGAUUUUGACAUAUUCCCCCAAAUAUUUAGAAAUAGGGAAUUUAUCUUAAUUUCAUACCUUUGUUAUUUCCAGGGUAAUCUGUUGUCGGUAUUUUCUUUAUCAAUCUGUCGACUGUGUGCGCGGAGGAUCGAAUUAUGCGGCGAUGGCCUCUUGCACUGAAUGGCACUAGUAUUCAACCUAGUGAGGAUAGAUAGCGAAUCUCAAAAUGGUUUAGAUUGCUAAAUUAAGCCCCUUUCACAAUUGACGUACGACCUGUUUACGACCACCUGCAACAGUUUUUUCUUGUUGUUGCACGAUCGAUCCCUUGGUGUCUUGCGAGCACUCGCAGUCGUUGUAGACGAUCGCACAAACUCGAGGUGGUCGGAGGUGAUCGUGACUGGUCGCAUCUGAACUUUGAACAUGUUCAAAAUCCAAACGCGAUCAAAUACGAUUGAUUCACUCGCAACAGGUCGUACCAUCGGUCGGGCGAUCAUCGUGUGAGUGUUGUUCAACGUUGUACGACUUGGUGCGAGAGGUGGCACAACUAAGUAUAGUCGCAUUUAGUCGACUGGAGGUCGUACAACACUUGCACAUGUGCUGGAGACCUACAGAGACCAGUCUUGCGACUGGGUGCGAUAAUAUGAGACUGUUGCAAGACCGAUCGAAAUUACGGCUUACUACAUUCCACUACCGUUGCAUUCGCAUGUAUGCGACCGUUCAGCCCCUUUCACAAUUGACGUCCGACCAGUUUACGACCGCCUGCAACAUUUUUUUCUUGUUGUUGCACGAUCGAUCUCUUGGUGUCUUGCGAGCACUCGCAGUCGUUGUAGACGGUCUUACGAACUCGAGGUGGUCGUGACUGGUCACAUCUGAACUUUGAACAUGUUCAAAAUCCGAACGCGAUCAAAUACGAUCGAUUCACUCGCAUCAGGCCGUACCCGGGGUCGUACCAUCGGUCGGGCGAUCAUCGUGCGAGCGUUGUUCAACGUUGUACGACUUGGUGCGAGAGGUGGCACAAUUAAGUGGUCGCAUUUACUUGACUGGAGGUCGUGCAACACUUGCACAUGUGCAAGCGACCUACAUGUACAGAGACCUGUCUUGCGACUGGUUGCGAUAAUAAUAUGGGCCAUAAGACUGUUGCAAGACCGAUCGCAACGGCUUACAACAUUGCACUACCGUUUCAUUCGCAUGUAUGCGACCGUUCCACUCGCAAUCCCUCGUGCAACACUCGCAUGUGAUCGCACGAGCAUAAUAAGAGCAUAUUCGACUUACUCGUGCAACGGGGUUUACUGGUUGUUUUUGUUGUACGACAGCUGUUGCAACUGUGAAAGCCUCUGUGCGAUCUUAUGAGAUGACUAGCGAUUGAUGCCUGUUGCAGCCUGUCGCACGACCAAAAGGUCGCAAAUGGUCGUACGUCAAUUGUGAAAGGGGCUUUAGAUCUAGAUCUAUGUAAGUCUCUGGCUUUGAUUAAUUCCCUGUUUGGUCUCAUCUCAAAUGGUCUAGUCCUUAGUCGGAUGGGACAAUGGCAGAUUGAGAGACAGGUCCAUCUUUCAUCGCUAGGUUGAAUACUAGUGCCGACGGAUUGAAUACUAGUGCCAAAAACCAUCGCCGUAUAAUUCGAUCACCCGCGCCAACAGUCGACGGGUUGAAGAAAAAAAUUACGAAAAAAUAAUAACCAUCAUUUGCUCUUGGAAAUAAGACGGGUCUGAAAUACAGGUAAAUUUUAUAUUUCUAUAUAUUUGAGGAAACUCUCGAAACGGGUUGAAUACUAGUGCCCUUACGGUAUAUGAACUUUUAUAUUCUCUAGCUUUCCGGAACACCUCAAUUUAUUAGUGACAGAAUGUGACAAAAUAUCCUACAUAAUUUCAAAUCAGUUAAAUAAAUUUAUUUAACACAAUAAA